AUGUGGAUUGCAACACCGUGGAUUGAGUUUCCUAGGGGGCUAUGUGAAUGCCAGUAUCACAGAAGCUGCCUGGGGUUCACACCCUACUCACGAGCAAGUUGCUUCCUGAAACUCAGGGACCCCAGCAACAAGACAUUAUGGACUGAAAUGUGUACUGGUGCAAAGGUGAGGUUUGUUGAGCUUUGGCUGAUUUCAGCUGAGUGGGCUUGGACUCAGCAGCAGUCAGCUGAACAGACUUUCAGGCCCCCUGAAUGGGAACCAGAGGGCCGCUGGACAGGGCCUGAUGACAUGAGGUUCAGAGGUUUGCAGGGCCUUCCUGGGAAGUUGGGGCUCCCAGGAAACACAGGGGCUCCUGGAAUUCCAGGACCAAGGGGACAAAAAGGAGAUCGUUGGGACAAUUCAGUUGCUGAGGCUAAGCUGGCCAACUUAGAGAGACAGCUACAGAGCCUGAGAUCAGAACUGGACCACAUGAGGAAGCGUGAGCUUUUUCCUUCCUGGAAAAUGUCUGGGAAGAAGCUCUUUGUGACCAACGGUGAGGGGAUGCCUUUCUCCAAAGUGAAGAAUCUAUGUGCUGGGCUCCAGGUCACAGUGGCUGCCCACAAGAAUGCCGAGGAGAAUAAGGCCAUCCAGGAUGUGACCAAAGACAGUGCUUUUCUGGGCAUCACAGAUGAGGCCACCAAAGGCCAGUUCAUGUACAUGAUGGGCGGGAGACUGACCUACAGCAAUUGGAAGAAGGAUGAGUCACACGACCAUGGCUCAGGGGAGGACUGUGUGAUUCUCCUGAAGGACAGGCUCUGGAAUGACAUCUCGUGCAUUUCCUGCUUCCUGGCCAUCUGUGAGUUUCCCACCUGA